AUGUCGUUUCGGAAACGAGGAGUCGUGAUUGGGACUCCCAAGCCUGCUCAAGGCGCUCCUGUCAAGGCCGUCAUCCCUAAUGGCGCGAGACCUUCGCCUCUUGACGGCAGGCUCACAACCUCAACUGGCACGUCUUCGCUCGACCAGCUUCUCGCCGGCCACUCUGGAAUGCCGCUUGGUACAACCUUACUUAUUGAAGAGAACGGCACUACCGAUUUUGGUGGCACCCUUAUUCGCUACUUUGCUGCUGAAGGACUGGUUCAAGGUCAUGCAGUGCAUGUUCUUGGCUGUGACGACUCUUGGCGGCGAGAACUCCCAGGAUUGGGAAGUGCUGGAAACGAGAAAACCACGAAGAAUGAGUCGGCCUCUGAUAGUAAGAUGAAGAUUGCCUGGAGAUAUGAAACACUGGGCAACCGUUCCGUACCAAACCGAGAUCAGCCGCUACCCUCGACAGCUGCCGAAGACAGUCAGGCUUUCUGUCACACAUUCAACUUAUCGAAACGAUUGGAAGCUAAGGAUAUUAAAGGACAGCUUUCUGGUUACCCAGUGGGCCCUUUUAUGGGACAGGCAAGCUCAUCGCCGUUCAAGAUGUUUGUAGCCAAGCUUUCUGCAUCAUUAGAGACGACGCCGCCAUCGACUGUCCACCGCGUGGCAAUCCCGAAUCUCCUCUCACCCACUGUCUAUACGUCUCUAGCCUGCCACCCACAGGAAGUCUUACAGCUACUACAUGCACUACGAGGACUCUCUAGACGAUUUGCAACAAAGCUUGUCAUUAUGAUCACUUUACCAGUCUCGCUAUACCCGCGUGCCGCCGGCUUAACCAGAUGGAUAGAGCUCCUCAACGACGGUGUGCUGGAGCUAGUCCCUCUGCAACAACGACCUCACCUGGAGAAAGACCCCAAGAAGGAAGACAAAGCACAAGGAAUGCUUAAAGUUCACAGCUUGCCCAUAUUCCACGAAAAAGGUGGCGGCAUGGAUGAGAGCUGGAGACGAGAGGACCUUUCCUUCAAGCUCAGUGCCUCGAGCGGCCUGAUUAUUACGCCGUACAGCUUGCCGCCGAUCGAGGACGAGGACCCUAAGCCUUCGGCAGAGAAGAAAAAACAAGAAGAAGCGAAAAAGUCGCUUGAAUUUUAA